AUGGUAGAUUCUCGGAAAGCAAUUGUACUCGGAAUCAGUGGAUCCUCGUCCAGUGGUAAGACAACACUGAGUCGACUCCUGCGUGAUAUCUUUCCAAACACAUUCGUUCUUCACGAAGAUGAUUUUUAUCGACCUGAAGAAGAACUCCCUAAAAAGCAUGAUCUGGUAGAUUGGGACUGCACAGAAGCUUUGGAUAUACCAGGAAUGGUCAAAUCUCUUGAGCACAUACGCAAAUAUGGCACUUUUCCUCCUAAUCUCGAUUCUAAAGAAGACCAAAACUCCCUUGGAAGUUGCCCAGUCACUGAUACAGAAAUUGAAGCAUUAAAAUCCCAUGUUAAAACUUGGACUCAGCCUGGGCAGCCGGGUCAUGGAAUUCUAUCAGACACGGAAUCUCCCAUUCGUCUUUGCAUCUUUGAUGGAUUUCUCCUCUAUUCUAAAUCUUUGGCCCCUGUUCAAGGCCAGAUUGAUAUUAAGUUUUUCCUUCGGGUUAGUUAUGCAAAGGCAAAAUCUCGGAGGGAAGCUCGUAGUGGGUAUGUGACUCUUGAGGGAUUUUGGGAGGAUCCACCAGGGUACGUUGACAAGAUUGUUUGGCCAAAUUAUGUCGAGGAUCACAAGUGGAUGUUCGAAGAAGGUGAUGUUGAGGGCCGAUUAAAAGAUGAUGUUGUUAGUGGUCUAAAUCUCAAAUGUCAGGAAGGAGGUCUUGAUAUUGAUAUGACAACGACUCUCAAUUGGGCUGUGGCUACGAUUAUGGAAUCAUUGCCUUCUUUUGCAAAGGAGGCUUAA